AGGAAGAUAAUUUUAAAAAACCCUUUCAUCUUGAUUCAGAGUACCAAACGGGUAAAAACUAACAUUGAAUUUUUACAGUCAACUUUCAACUUGGACAAUGAGAAGCUGCUUGUUCUUCUCUGNCUGCUUGUUCUUCUCUCUGGUCCCGGAGCUAAAAUUCUAGACCUUUCCAAUGACUAUGUCAACAGAAACUACACAAAUAUUAAAGAGAAGUUGUUUUCUCUUGGGUGUACUGAAGAGGAGAUACACAAGUUUAUCUUACGCUAUCCAGAUGUGAUCUUCUUGGGAGAGAAAAAGUUUAAUGAUAAAAUAGACUGCCUCAUAGAAGAAACAUUUAGCAUAUCACAAAUAAUUGAAAAUCCUCGGAUUUUGGAUUCAAGCAUAAAUACUUUAAAAAGUCGAAUCACAGAAUUGGUAAAUGCUGGCUAUAACUUCAGUACAUCAAACAUCGCUCUUUUAUCUUGGAGUCAGAAAAGAUACAAAGCUAAAUUGAAAAAGUUAAACAUUGAAUAGAACAUUGUUCUGGGGAAUUAAAAAGUGUCAGUGAUGUAGUGAUACUUCAUUUUGACUGUGGGCCUUUCAAAAAGGAGAGCUUUGGUUUCUUAACCAUAUAUACGUUCAUAAUGAUCCUUUGGAUAUUUUAUUUUAAAGUUUCAUAAAAACUCAUGGUCAGUAUGCUCUAGU